GAUCCGUCUUCUGCUCGAUCCACUCCCCCAUCGCUCACGCUCCUGCUCGCACAUCGGCGAGUCUGCUGGAUCCACUCCCCCGUCGGCUCAGCUGCUCGAUCUAGAGACCACCAUGGCGCCUGGGCGUAAAACUACAGCAAAAUCAACCAAACCAACAGAAGUGCCACUAACAGAAUAUGAGAAAUUGAGAGCUGAGAAUUUGAUGAGGAAUAACCAAAAGUUGCAAAGACUUGGUGUCACUACACUAGCGUCAAUACUUAACCAUACUUCUGCAAAGAGCAAGGUUGACACUCGUGAAAAAUCUGGAUCUUUGUAUGAGGUCCAGGAAGGUGAAGGUUCUGAAGAUGAGGAAGUCAAUCAGUGUGCAACAAACCGGAGAAACAGAUUAAAGAGGGUCUUGGCACCUGCGCAACAAGAUGAACCUACAAGAUUUACUAGGCAGAAUACAAGGGAUUUGGCUUUAACUUUCAGUCCAGAACUACAACAAGUCGAAACCUUAGGCAUCUCUACUAUCACAUCCACCCCUCAACAGGACCAGAACAACAAGUGA